AUGGAAAAACUCAAUAAAAUCUCUCCUUUCAGACUUUCUUCUCUCCUUCGCCUGCAAAAAGACCAUAAACUUGCCUUCCAACUCUUCCUCAACCCCAACCCAAAUGAUCCUAACCCAAGUCCCAAGCCCUUCCGCUACUCUCCUCUGUCCUACGAUCUCAUUAUCUCAAAGUUGGGUAGAGCCAAAAUGUUUGAUGAAUUAGAACAAAUAAUCCAGAAAUUAAGACAGGACACUCGAAUAAUCCCGAAAGAGAUAAUUUUUUGUAACAUUAUUACAUUUUACGGCAGAGCACGUUUGUCCCAAAAAGCCCUCCAGAUGUUUGAUGAAAUUCCAUCUUUUCGCUGCCAAAGAACAAUCAACGCGGUGAAUUCUUUGUUAAAUAGUCUGUCAAUUUGCAGGGAAUUUGAGAAAAUGAGGGAAGUUUUUGUGGGUGUUGAGAAGUACGCUUGCCCGGAUGCUUGUACGUAUGGUAUACUCAUUAAAGCUUGCUGCAGGCAAGGGGAUUUGGGUAAUGCGUUGAAUUUGUUUGAUGGAAUGCUUAAGAGAGGUAUUGUGCCGAGUGUGGUGACAUUUGGGACUUUGAUUAAUGGGUUCUGUGCGAAUGCACACUUAGAUGAUGCUUUUAGAUUGAAGAGAAUGAUGGAGAGGGACUUCAAAUUGAAGCCUAAUGCAUUUGUGUAUGUUGUGUUGCUUAAAGGGCUUUGCAAGAGUAAUGCGGUUGAUUCCGCUAUUAAGCUUAAGAAGGAGAUGAUGAGGAAAAAGGUGGAAUUGGAUUCCACGGUGUAUGCUACCUUGAUUUCUGCACUAUUCAAGGUUGGUCGUCGGGAGGAUGUUUUUGGAUUGUUAGAUGAAAUGAGAAUAAAUAACUGCACAAUGAACACAGCCACAUACAAUGCAAUGAUACAUGGAUACUGUAUGGAGAAGGACUUCGAUUCUGCAUUUGGAAUAUUAAAUGAGAUGGAAGCAAAGGGGUGUAAGCCAGAUGUAAUUAGUUACAAUGUGAUUAUUGGUGGGCUUUGCAUGGCGGGGAAGCUAAAAGAAGCUAACGAGUUAUUUGAAGAUAUGCCAAGAAGGAAGUGCUUUCCGGAUGUGGUGACUUAUAGGGAACUCUUUGAUGGCCUUUGUGAUGGAAUGCAAUUGAAGGAAGCAGCACUUAUUUUGGAUGAGAUGGUCUUCAAAGGUUAUCUUCCUCGCUCUUCAAGUAUAUGUAAAUUAGUUGAUGGGUUAAUUCGAGGAGAGGAUACAGAUAGGCUGUGGAAGGUUUUAAGUAGUUUGGUGAAGGGAAAGUUUUCUGAUAUAACCACAUGGAGCAUGGUGAUAUCUGUGGUGUUGAAAAAAGAUGGGCUCUCAAACACCUGCCAGUUUAUUGAUUCUUUGUUAAAAGGAACAGAUGAUGCUCUUUCAGUCCUUUAG